AUGUUUGCAACUAUUUACCAAAGAUUAUGUCAAGCAGAGGAAUUGCUGAAAUUUCCAAGAAGUUUCAUCUAUGAGCUGGCCUUGGGGUGUGAAGUUGUGGCAGUUCACAGAAAACUGCAAAAGGAAUCGACUAACGAAACAUGUGGUUUGUUCAUCUUAAAGGGAGAGAUAUCAGUCAUUCAGCAGGAACAAUCAAAAACAUACAGAGCUGGAAGCCUGAUAGGUAUGGAUAACACAAAUGGAAAUAAAGAAUUCCAGAUGGUUGCCAAAGAAAUGUCAGCAGUAGUCAAGUUAACUAAGCAAUCCAUGAAACAUGCCCUGGAAAGUCAUCCAGAAUGUGAAUUAUUGAUUUCAAAGAACUUUUUCAAAACAAACAGUUAAUGGUAGCAACAACAAUUACC